AUGACAGUAACAUUCAACCUAUUACAUACAACAUUGAUAGUCAAUGUUUUGUCUCUUGUAAUCGCUAGAACCACUCUCACUAAAGCAUUCUCGUUUAUCAUCCAAUCCAGGUUAUAUUUCAACUUGGUAUCAUAUGUCUAUUCAUACAACCAAAUCCAUUUUGUAAGAAUUGGUAAACUGGUUACACUUUGUGUUGAUUCACCUCCAACCUUGACAAUGCAAACUACAGCUUCAGAAGUAUAUACUGAUGUUUUUAUUCCUGAAAGAUUUAGACCUCCCAAUAUUCAAAUAGUUACAGUAUCUACAUACCAAAAACAAUCUCCAACUUUAUUUAUCCACCCAUGUAGAAUCUGUUGUUUAUUGGAUGGACAAUUGAUAAUCCAAAAUAGUGAUGGAAGUGGAAUACCUUGUGAUUCCAACCAAUCUUUCCAUCGAUCCAUUUUCUAUGAGCUAUGUUCUUUACUAAUAUUUUCUAUCCAAAUUUUAAAGUUAAAAUUAUGA